CACACACAACAUGGAAUAUCUGUGUUCAAAAUGGUAAAUAUUUAAAAAAUCAAAUUAAACUUGGAGCACAGAAGAUGCUUAUGCCAACAAAACCUGCACCGAAUUUCAAAGGAAAAGCUGUAAUCAAUGGUGCAUUUAAACAAAUAAAUUUACAAGAUUAUUUAGGCAAAUAUGUGGUAUUAUUUUUUUAUCCUGCAGAUUUCACAUUUGUUUGUCCAACAGAAAUUAUAGCUUAUAGUGAACGUUUUGAAGAGUUUGAAAAACGAAAUUGUCAAGUUAUUGCUUGUUCAACCGAUUCAGAAUAUUGUCAUCUAGCUUGGACAAAUAUGGAUCGUAAAGCUGGUGGAUUAGGUCCAAUGAAAAUACCACUUUUAGCUGAUACAACAAAAAUUAUUUCACGAUCAUAUGGUGUACUUGAUGAAGAAGAGGGUAAUGCAUUCAGGUUUCCGUACGAGGUGUUCGACGACUAUUCCAAACGAACUCGUCUAUCCUGA